AUGCUGCCUUCCAAUUACCACUUCACUAAUGUUCAUAUCCGACUCCGCGAAGGCCAACCUCCACGAAUUUACCAUCCCCGACGUGUAAUAGAUAAUUGGACCCCUACAUUCAACAGUUCCGCUUCCGGUCGUAUGGGAUAUGGAAGUGGAAACGAUAUGCUACUUAAAGAAAUUGAUCGACUGCGCAACCGAAAGCUUCAUUAUGGAAUGUGA